UGGAAAAGUUACACCACACUUCACAUUACACCACACCGACUAUCGGAGCUGUCAUUCGGCUUCGGCUUACACCACAGCAGCCCGUCAAAACGUAAACAAAAGCACGUGCACGUGUAUCGAAGUGGGCAGCAGCGAUGGAACUUUUCACCGUGAACCGAUAUGAUGCGACCAAACUCAACGCGGACGACGAGAGAGCGCAAGAGGAGCUAAUCCUAAAGAAACUUCAGGCACGCAAAGAAAAGAAAGCGCAAUUGGCGCUGUCCGAAGCCAGCCAUUCGCAUCAACCGCAAGAAACCCAACCAUCGGAAGAAUUGAAUAGUGAUGAAAGUCCCAAAGAGCAACAAGAACAGGAGGAGGACGCCCUCCAACCAGAACGACCGCAGACAGAAGUGGCCAGCAAGGAGGAUGAGACACAUGAUGGAGAUGAUGAAGAAACCCAAAAACAACCGUCGCACACCGACAGCGAUGACAAGCAGUUGGGUGAUUUCAUUGUGCUGGGUGGUGAGAAACUGCACCGAUUGAAAAAAACGGAAGAAGUGCUUCCACCCUGGCUGUCGCACCCCACAAUCAUUGAGCGUGAGCUUUCCUGUAAGGGCCCUUCCAUAAAGAAGCAACCAUAUCUGGACGCAGCGAUCAAAAACAACUUGAAGUCCAUGGGUUACAAACGGUUGUUUCCGGUGCAGGAAAAGGUUAUACCCUGGAUACUGGCAGCGCACGGCAAACCCGCGCCAUUCUGGCCCCGUGAUGUGUGCAUUUCAUCGCCAACCGGUAGUGGAAAAACGCUCGCUUUCGCAGUGCCGGUUGUGCAGCUGCUAAUGCACCGAGUGGCCCCAGCCGUGCGUGCGCUGGUCAUUCUUCCCGUGCAGGAGCUUGCCGAACAGGUGUUUCAGGUGUUCCGGAAAAUGUGCGAAGGCACAACCAUUCACCCGGUCGUGCUUACGCGUGGCAUACCGCUGGAAGUAGAGCAGAAGAAGCUCGUGAAGUACUGCAAUGGCGAGUACGUGUCGAAGGUGGACAUCGUGGUGACUACAGCAGGUCGGCUGAUAGAACAUUUACAUUCUACGAAAGGGUUUACACUGCGUCACCUUCGAUUUUUGAUCGUGGACGAGGCGGACAAGGUGAUGAGCCAGAUUCAAAACGAUUGGUUGUACCACCUGAACAAACACGUCAAGCAGGAAUCGGACGAAUAUUUGCUUGGUCGCACAAGCGAGCUACUCUCUCAGACCGAGCUGUUCGAUCGGCCGCGGCAACCGCACAAGCUUCUAUUCUCGGCCACCUUCAAGCGGGACGCCGAGAAAUUGAAGACGCUCAAGCUGUUCCAUCCGAAGCUGUUCACGACUGUGCGGGAUCCAAUCGAAAUAGCAAUGAUGGCUGGAAAAACGUUUGCAGCAGCACAACAACAGCAAGAACCACGGCGUGGCAAGUUUGCCGGCCAGUACACGACACCGCUCGAGCUGAAGGAGUUUGUGUGCAUGACGGAUCAGCGCAUGAAACCCCUGACCCUGUACGGGCUGAUUCGCGAGAAUGGAUAUCGAAAGUUUUUGGUCUUUACCAACGGUAUCAACAAUGCGCAUCGGCUUUCGUUCGUGCUGCAGCGACUGUUCGGGACGGAAAUGGUGAUCGAAGAAUGGUCAUCGUCGCUCGCUCCGGCGACAAGAAGGAACGUGCUUAGCCGUUUCAGCAUGGGCAAGGUGAAUGGAAUCAUCUGUACGGAUGCGCUGGCCCGUGGUAUCGACAUCGAAAGCAUCGAGGUAGUCAUUUCGUACGAUGUGCCCAAGCAUGUGGACAAUUACAUCCAUCGUAUUGGUCGUACGGCGCGUGCUGGGUACAGCGGAACCGCCAUUACCUUGGUGACGGAAGAUGACAGGAAGAAGUUUAAGUCCAUCUUGAAAGAGGCGUACAAACAGGAUCUUGAAACGAUCGAGGUGAGCAUGUCGUUGGAGGAAAAGUAUGCUGCCAAGUAUGCCAGCGCGCUCAACGAUUUGCGCGACGCCUUAGCACUGGAAACAGAAAUGAUCAAAAAAAUACGCAAAGGAGAAACCCUUGGCAAUAUGGCGCGAGUCAAUCUGCUCAGCAAGCUGAAGGAUCAGGUCCAUAUAACCUACUCAACGGAGAUCAUAAAAUCGCUUAAAUUGCUCCCGAAAAGCUGGACGAACGAAGCAAUCGAGAUGAAAGCAAAGGCAGGCAUAAAGCAUGGAGAGAGUGCACCGGCGGAAGACGCUGGGGAUGCUAAACGUCCUAAACUGGCUGAUGAAUUUGAAAUGAUGGCAAAUGAAAACGGCAAGGAACUAAGCAGGGAAGAGGGUACAUUAGUAAAUGGAAAUGAUAGUACCGUUGCUCUCGCCACUCCCGUAACCGAAGCACCAGCACCCGAUGAUGGCAAAAACACGACGAAAGAAGUUAAAAACGGUAAGGGGAAAAAAGCAAAACCAUCAUCCAGUUUGCCGACGGCAGUUGAAACAUUGCCCAACUCUAUAUCCGGCGAAGGUUCCAAAAAUGGCGAGACGGAGAAGCGUGUUCCAACGAAACGAAAAAUAGAUAGUGAUGGAAAGGUAAAAAAGAAUCGUUGGAGAAGCAAUGCAGCUAAACCGGAGGCUGCUAAACAGAACAUUGCCGAUGAGUGAUUCUAUAUGAAUUAAGGGAUUUACUAAAAGAAAAUAAUAAAGUAUAUUUAUACUUCUUUUUUUUACUUUA